AUGACACACUUUCUUCUCUCUUUGAAGCAGUCUUCGGCGGAUAUCCGGCUACUAUGGUUUUCGGUAUUCAUCCGUAUGAUUUCCUUCGGAUUGACGAACCAGGUCCUGGCGUCUUAUCUCAAGGAGCUCGGUAUCUCUGAGGUAAGGAUUGGUAUGUUCAUGUCGAUGACAAUGGUUGGAGACUCGAUCAUUUCGUACGUACUCACCUGGAAUGCUAACAAGAUCGGAAAUCGCUUUAUCAUGCUGCUGGGAAGCGCUCUAAUGAUUCUUGCCAGUGGCAUCUUUUCAACGGGUACUUCGAAUUUUGGCUACCUUCUUUUUGCUGCGAUUGUCGGCGUGAUUUCUCCGUCCGGGGGAGACACAGGACCCUUUAAAACUAUAGAAGAAACCGUCUUGGCGAACCUAACUCCGCCCAACCAUAGGCCCGAAAUCUUUGCAAUACAUUCCACGUUUGCUAAUGUUGGGGCAUCACUCGGAGCGUUUCUGGCGGGCCUAUCUGUAGACUAUUUUACAAAAAGCUUACACUUGACCAUGAGGGACUCAUACCGCUACACUUUUUGCAUCCUACUCUUCACUUCCUUUUUGAAAUUUGUCUCACUUAUUUUCAUCUCACAUAAGGCUGAGGCAUCAUAUAUCCCGCCUUUCAUAGUUGCACAGCGUGAAUUGGAAAUGGAGCAAGAUGCUGUUGAGCUUAAAACUUUCACUGGGUUGGCACCAAGGACACAAUCAAUACUAUUCCGUCUACUUGUUCCAUUUAUGCUUGCUUCCUUGGGUUACGGAUUCAUGACAAAAGCCUGGGUGGUUUAUUAUUUUCAGGAGAAAUACAAUUCACCGGCAGUGUUAUUGGGUACUUUGUUUGGAUUGGCAGGAAUUGUAAAAUCUCUAACUUCUGUCUUAUCUGCAUGGCUUGUCAAACAGUUCGGCCCAAUAAAAUCCUGUCUUUUAACGCAGAUUCCGCGUGGGAUACUAUCUAUCCUAAUUCCGACAUUAGGAGUUAACUUUAAGCUCGGCUCCCUAUUUUUUCUACUUCAUCAAUCGACAGUCGAGCUUGAAGUGAUUCCAAGACGUAUUAUACUUACUACAUUAGUAGAGCCCAUCGAACUAUCCAGAGUCAUGGGCACUGUGAAUAUUGGGAAACAAGUUGCCAGGUCUGCCGGUCCUUUCUUCACGGGUUUUUUUGCCCAUGGUCAUUUACUUUGGGUUUGUUUCAUUAUCUCCGGAGUAACCUCAAUAUUGGUCAACUUGUGGAUAGCAGCGAACUUCAGUGACCUAGAUCAAAAGGUGAAAAAACUAGAGCAAAUUCAACAUGAUAUUGAGUAGAUGGCCAAAUCCCAAAAUGCUCAAAGCUGAGUGACGAUUUUUUUUCACCACAACCUUGUGGGAAACCGCUGUAUUUGGGUGCCGAUAUUAUCACAGUGAUACUGCGCCAGCCCACAAGUAAUGGGUACAAAUUUUCAAAGACACAUGAUAAUCAUGUUCACUCAAAAGUGAAGCACUACCUGGUAUUGAAAUAGAAUGCUAUGAUUGAUAAGGAAUGAGUCGUAAGCAAUUGGAUAUAAGAAUGAUAAGAUGAUUGCAACAAAGCAUCAUAAUCAUAACGCGCUAGAGUAAUUUGAAAAAGGAAUGACCGACAUAGAAUGUCUUUGAAUACAAGAGGUUUUCCUCCUUGUUUUUAUACAUGAGAUCUUGAGUUAGUAAGUUAUAUUAUAUAUAUAUAUUGAGUAUGUAACAAAUAUAACAGAUAAGGACUAU